GCACGAAUUUCGAAUCAGUCGUCGUCGCACAACAGAGACGCGCGCGACUUUGAAGAGAGCGCGAGCAAUCUCGAAAUCAUCGUGAGAGACUCUCCACGUUAGUUCGUAAUUCGAUAUCGUCGAGGAAACAUCGUUGCCACGGCGUUUCUAACGGUUUUCAAAGAAAAAAAAUACGGUUUACCAAAAUCAUAAAAUAAUCUCUCAAUCAUCGUCCGUAAUCCGGUCUCUGGCCAAACUCUGAAACAACCCAGUGACCGAAAUUUCUACUGUCAAGAGAGUUUCACUUCUAACCUAAAUUUUCGGAUUCAGCCGGAGAAACCAUUUCACGCCUCGUCUAAACUCUCGACGUCGUAUUUAUUCACAUAAAGUCGGUACCGAAUAAAAACUCUGGCGUGUUAAAUCUUAUUUUUCAAUAAUAAAAUUAAAAUAAAUCAACUCUGCACAAAGUUGCAAUUUUUUUCGCUCCAACAUCAUCGAGGAUCGACAAGUAUUUUUUAUUGAACCACAUUGAAAAUAAACUGACCGUGCUUCGUGUAAACAAUAACGGACCUAGAAAAUUGUUGAUUAUUUCAACGGCAGCGUGGGCAUCUUGAGUAAAUAACCGGCACGACCACGACUCUAGGACUUUGUAACAUAACCUCAAAAGAGCGUUAAUAACAAAAAAAAAACAACGUAAGAAAAAUAAAAACCGAAGAGUUGAAAAAUUCAAAACCCCCGAUCCGACAGCUUUUUGUGUUGUAUAAGAAUUUACGUGAUAAAAAGUCAAAAACUAUAAAAAUUCAUUUGUAAAUCUACUGAUUCGACGGCAUUUUUCAUUGGAAAAAUUGAACGAAAUCGAAGUUAAAAAAAAAACAAAAAGGAACUGCCGAAUAAUUAUCCAGUGAAUUGUGAGUGAAAAAUUACGUCAAACAAAAAGUUGAUCAUAAAUAUUAAUUUUUUUUCGCGAUAAAAUUCGUGAUAACACGUGAACGUGAACGUGGAAAAAAAAAAUACAAAACUAUACGUCUGAAAGCUGAAAAAAUCUUUUAUUGGUAUCGAAUCGAGUGAGAUUUAGAAAGAAGAGAAAAAAAAAUAUAAAAAAAUGUGGCCGAACAACGUUGGUAUAAGGGCGAUAGAGGUAUACUUUCCAUCUCAGUACGUAGAGCAAACUGAUCUGGAAAAGUUUGACGGUGUGAGCGCAGGAAAAUAUACGAUAGGAUUGGGUCAAUCGCGGAUGGCGUUUUGUGACGAUCGGGAGGACAUAAAUUCGUUGUGUUUAACGGUAGUUCAUCGUUUGUUAGAUCGUUAUAAUAUCGAGCCCAAGGAAAUAGGUCAUUUGGGAGUGGGUACGGAGACGAUAAUCGACAAGAGUAAAUCGGUGAAAUCAGUGCUGAUGCAGAUAUUUGAAAAAUCGGGUUCAACAGAUAUCGAGGGAAUUGAUUCGACGAACGCGUGUUACGGUGGGACAGCAUCGCUUUUCAACGCGAUAUCCUGGGUGGAGAGUAGUGCAUGGGACGGAAGAUUGGCGCUGGUCGUUGCAGCGGAUAACGCAGUUUACGCACCCGGAAACGCACGGCCGACUGGUGGCGCUGGUGCGAUAGCGAUGAUCGUGGGGCCGGACGCGCCGUUGGUAUUCGAUCGGGGACUCCGUGCUUCUUGUAUGAGACACGUUUACGAUUUCUACAAGCCUGAUUUACGAUCUGAAUAUCCGGUGGUUGAUAGUAAAUUAUCGAUAGAAUGUUACUUGAGCUCGCUGGACGAGUGCUACAGGAGAUACAUGCAAAAAGCCAAAUCAAAAGAGCCAAAGAGCCCCAGGAAUCUGAGCAAGUUUGAUGCCCUCCUGUUCCACUCGCCUUAUGGCAAACUCGUGCAAAAAUCAUUCGCGAGAUUGGCCUAUUUGGAUUUCAUUGAUUCGGAGAAAAGCAAUGGCAAGUACGGAGAGGAGAUUGAAAAGUUUCGAAAUACCAAACCGGAAGAGACUUAUUUCGACAGGGAUCUGGAGAAAGCUUUCAUGACGCUGAGCGGACCGGAUUUCCGCUCGAAAGCCCAACCGAGCUUGAUGAUUUCUAACCAAGUUGGUAAUAUGUACACGCCUUCGGUGUACUCCGGCCUUGUCUCUCUGCUCGUGAGCAAACCUCUCGCCGAACUCGCUGGCUCGAGAGUCGGUAUUUUCUCAUACGGCUCUGGUCUCGCCUCCAGCAUGUAUUCCAUAACCAUCAGUUCCGAUGCCACCAAAGAAUCGCCGCUCGCUCAACUGGUUUACAAACUAUCUUACGUCAGGCAUCUUUUGGAAUCGCGUAAAGCCGUCACUCCUCAAAAAUACACCGACAUCUUGGCUCUGAGGGAAUUGAACUGUCACACCGUUCCCUAUUCUCCGCAGGGCCCGACUCAACACUUGUUCCCUGGAACUUAUUACCUCGUCGCUAUUGACGAUAAAUACAGGAGGACUUACGAGAGAAAGCCCAAUAAAUAAUUUUUAUUUUCAUUUCAAAUA